UAAGUGUUUUCUCUCGGAGAAAGCGAUCGUGAUAAAAAUAUUUUAUAAAAAUAUUUAUAUGCAGCGAAGUUUCAGUGAAUAUGUGUUUAGGUUAUGUCUUUAAGUUUUUGAAUAGGAAAAUUUAAAAAGGGUUGAUAGUUUUUUCACUAUCCAAUAAAAUUUUUAGGUGGCGGAAUCUCGAAGAACUUAACUUAAGGAAAUUCAAAUUCAAAUAUGACCGAAAAACCUCAAAUGGAGGGCCAAAACGGUAAAACUACCGAAUUAGAAGUAUUCUUACCCAAAGAUGAAUCAUCUACCAACGGCAUUACCAAAUACAAAAUUACAAAAGAUGGAGAUCUGGAAGCUGAUAUUCACGAGUUCGAUCCAUUCAAAGCUAGAGAAAAUGAACAUCCCGUAUCUGAUAUGGAUACUCUGACCCAUCUUCUAAAAGCCUCGCUAGGAACAGGAAUUCUGUCUAUGCCUGCGGCAUUCAAGGCUUCUGGUUUAGUGAUGGGUAUUUUUUCCACCAUUCUUGUAUCAAUUAUAUGCACCCAUUGCUCAUAUAUAUUGGUUGUUUGCGCUCACGAACUUUAUAAGAGAAGCGGAAAAACCCAAAUGAGCUUUGCGGAUGUCGCCGAAGAAGCUUGCAAAAGAGGGCCCAAGUGGGCGAGACGUUUUGCCCAACCAGCGAGACACACCGUUCUUAUAGGAAUUUUCGUAACGUACUUCGUCACCUGCUCCUGCUACAGCGUCAUAGUAGCCAAGAACAUCAUCUACGUUCUAGAAAACUAUCUAGAGAAUACUCUAAGCGAGCGAUAUACCAUAGCAAUUCUCCUGGUGCCGCUGAUUUUACUAGCGUACGUGCCGAACUUAAAAUACUUGGCUCCAGUCUCCAUGGUGGCCAAUGUUUGCAUGGGCCUAGGUCUGGGAAUAACACUCUAUUAUUUAGUGAUCGAUAUUCCGUCGAUAACUGAGAGACCUCUAUUUGGCGAUAUCACUACGUUGCCGAUUUCUGUCAGUAUCACCAUCUUUGCUAUUGAGGCUAUCGGAGUGGUGAUGCCACUUGAAAAUCACAUGGAAACUCCUCAACAUUUUACCGGAAUCUGCGGUGUUCUGAAUCAAGGAAUGUCUGGCGUCACUCUAGUUUAUAUUCUGUUAGGAUUCUUUGGAUAUCUGAAAUACGGAGAUGCCACUGCCGGAUCCAUUACUCACAAUUUACCUCCAACAGAAUAUGCCGCCCAAGCUGUGAACGUAUUAAUAGCAAUUGCAGUGUUUUUCACGUUUGGUCUACAAUUUUACGUAUGCAUAGACAUCGCUUGGAGUGGACUUAAAGACAAAUGUACCAAACAUGAAGUUUUGAGCCAGUAUGUAAUGAGAACCAUCAUGGUCGUUGUAUGCGUGGCUAUAGCCAUUGCAGUACCAACAAUUAUUCCCUUUGUCGGUCUAAUCGGUGCCUUAUGCUUUUCUAUUCUCGGUCUUAUGUUACCCGUCGCCAUUGAAGUUAUUACAUUCUGGGAUAAAGGUUUUGGAGCAUACAAUUGGAAAAUCUUCAAAGAUAUCGUUGUGGUGAUUACUGGAAUCUUAGCUCUUAUAUUUGGUUCGAAAUCUGCUCUAGAAGAUAUAGUUGCAUUAUACAAAUAACUUAUAAAGUUCCUAUUAAGUUUUGUUUGGAAUCGAAUUUUUUUAGUUAUAAAUUUUGAUAAAAAUCCGUUGGUAAAAUAUAUACUACCAGUACAAGAAACUUGGUAAAUAAUACAUUACCAGAACUUAAAAUUAAGAAUUGAAUGUAUUUUCUUUCUUGAGAUAUGUUUAUAUACCUCGCCAUUAUUAUUUGUGUUAUUUUAAUAUUCCACAUUUAAUUUUACACAUUUAUACCACCAAUGUACAAAAUGUUUUACAAUAGACCAACUAUUUGUUAAGCUUUUCUUGCAAUAUAUUUAGAAAGUUCUAUUGCGCUCGAAGCUUUAACAUAAUAAAAAGAAGUUAUCAGAUUAAUUUUACCUCGAUAACGGCUGUGAUGUUCUAGAUUUUUUAUUAUUUCAUUUCAUACAAAAAAGUCAUAUUUACUAUGCUCUCGUUAUACCUAUAUCUAUACCUGCAUUUUUGAAUUACUUGGUAUAUAAAAAUCAUGACAAAAUGUUUCUUUUACAUCUUAUCAGAUUAUUGAUAGGUAGUUUUUUUCUGAUGGCUUCUAAAACUACAUAUUUUUGAUAAAGAUAUGUAUGUAAUUUUUAUAAAUAUACAUUGUUCUAUAGUUAAUACUGUAAUUUAAUUGUUAAAUAUCUUUCAUCCAAUUUAGUCGUUUAGGUUACACAGGGUGUUUAAGACAACUUUUCGUCUUAAACUUUUUAAUUUAUAUUCUAAAAGGCCUUGAUAAAAAACUAUCUUUAUGCAUAUUUUCUGCAAUAUUUUUUUGGUUUUUAGGAUUUAUAAUAAUGUUUUAUAUGCAUUUUUUUACCUCUUUAAAAGAUUUUUUUAUAAAAAGUUUUCAACCGAAGAAUCAACAAUUUCUAAAGAGUACUAAUAGUUAAGUUAGGUAAUCUUUUUGUAGCACAUUUCAUAAUUUAUUUUAAUUAUUAGUGUAGGACAGGAUACAACGGCGGGCAGUAUUAAUAUUGCUGGUUAAUAAUUAAUAUUCUUUUUAGUGUAUUGUACUGUAUUGUCUAAUUUAGCAAAAAUAGAAAGACAGACUACUAAAAUAUUCCUGUGAUUUUAUAUUUAUUCGAAAUUUUUUAAUAUACUGAAACACACUAAGGGCAUAUUAUUUAUAAUAUCAUACGAUCGAAAAAAGAAUGGCGUCAGAGAUAACUUUGUAAUGAAGAUCGCUGUCAUUUUGUAAGUAAACUUAUAUGGGAAAUGUCAUUGAUUGUCAUAUCCCAAAAGGUGGACACCUUUUUUUUUUCGAUCAUACGGUAUUAAGGCAUUAUUUAAUAUUAAAUUAUUCUUAUUUAUUAUAAUUAAUUUUAUACAAAAAUUUAAUUUUAAUAAACUUGCAUCUGUAUACGUUUUAUAAUAAAUUUUUUUGAAGGAAGAAACUGGAAAAA